AUCUCGGUAUUGACCAGAUCGGGAGCGUAUGGCUUCCUGAACAGGGACACCUCUGCACACAGAGAAAACCUAUUCCGCCGUGUGAAGGGAUCAGUGAAAAGCUCUCCUUCCUGAUCCAUCACCUGUCGCAGCCUCCGGCGGGCUGAUGGAGAGCAGGGCCCUGCUGCCUGUCAUCAUCGGAUGCCUUUCUCUCCAGCAGCGCCUUUACAUGCUCUCCAUUCAGGAUUAAUUGGGUGACCAAUGGCUUCCAAAGAUGCGCUUUUCUCUAGAAGAGGCAGCAUUGACGUCGGGGUGGAGCGGUUGAAAACUAAGGGAUGUACCUGCUCCCGGUCCCCCUCGGCAUGGAUCCUGGACCCUCGGAUGGUGUCCGCCGGUUCGUCGAGGAACGUGAAGGGGAUGGGAGCGCUGGAAUGGAUGCUGUUUCGGUGGUUUGUGACCAUCAGCGCGGUGCUGAUGCUGAUGAUGCAGAGCUCCUUGGCGGCUGAAGCUUCCUUUCCUCCAGCUGAUGAAGGUCACGCUGUUUCCCUGAGGCUCGCUGCUUUGCAUUCCAACCUCUCAGCCAGCCUGAGGACUGUAGGGAGAGCUCGGGUCAGAGACAAAGAUGUGGUGAUGGGGGCUGGAGUUGUACCCGGAGCUUGGCCCGAGGGUCCGAUGCUUGCAGAAGAACCAGCAGCGGUUAUCCCUGAAACAGAAGCUGGGGCAGGUGGGAAAGUCUCUGCAGAGCGCAGGAUAAAAACAGGCACCGGUGCCUCGGCUGCAGUCAGAGCUGAGAGGAGACUUGGAGAACGAGAGAGGGGUGACCCACCGAGUGUGUCCAGUGACCCGGCUGCCUGGCUGCGGCAGCACAGGCUGCAGACACGCAGAGAGCAGGCAGCUUCCUCAUCACUUCCCUCCAUGUUAGCAGAGACAGAUGUGCUACAGAAACCAGCAUCGGGGAAACCAUUAGGACUGUUGUCCAAAGCUGCCUGGGCAAAAAGCUCCUCUGCGUCUUUAUCCAAAGCCCCCUCCUCUUCCUCAUUGUCCUCUACAACCAAAGCUCCCUCUUUGCCUUCCUCAUCCUCUCCUCCAACCCUUCCUCCCAGUAACAGAGAAAGUCACACAGCAAGAGCAGUCAGCGUCGCUCUGCUUUUGGACAACAGCAACUCCUCCAGCAGCAACAGCAGCACUAGUUUGGAGGAGUCAGUGAGCAGCCUGCCAGCCUGGGAUCUCCCCACAGUUCCAGAGUCGCUUCUGUCCACAGUGGGCGACCAUGAUGUCACACUUCCUGCCAAUGUCACCAGCCCCUUUUCCACCCACAAGUGGAACACCACUGUACCCUCGCACACCAGAAACACCUCACGGCCCACGACCACGUCGGCUGCCACCAUUAACACGUCUCUGUCACCCAGCACCACCUCGACCGUACAGUUAACCACCACCACGGAGAAAGCACAAACUACGUCAGGAUCCACCGCAGCGUCCAGCCAGAGCACCGCGCUCAACGACAGCAUUCAGCUGACCACAGCCCCCACAAUGACGAGCCCCAUGACCACCCUCGCUGUGACGGCCACUGAGACCAUCCUGCAGACAGAGGCCGCUGGGAGUGCUGUAACAGUGCCACCAAAGACCACUGCUGCUACAACCGUGAAGCAAACAACAAGCCUCAAGCCUACCACCACAACAACAACAACAACAACACUCCCUACAACGACGACAACUACUACAACCACACCUGCUCCAACCACCACCACCACGACUGAAGCCCCGACCACCACCACUGAUCCUCCAACCACUACUACAACCACGGCACCAACCACUACUACAACUGCCCCCACCACUACUACCACCACUACAACUACAACUACCACUACCACCACCACAACACCAGAACCUACGACCACUGAGGUCAUUCUGAUCCAAACCACACUACCUCCAACCUCCACCACAGAACCUCUGUUCAGCACCAGCACAGGGGAAAGUCCUCUCCCGUGCAACGUGACCACCAAGUACUGGGUCAAAACAGUUCUUUCAAUUGAGCUCCGAAGGAACCGCCUGGACCUGAUCCUCAAACAGAACCUCUCUAAAGGACUAACCCAUGCACUCCAGAGAGCGCUGAAUGACUCCACAGUCAACGCACAGGUGGAACACGAUGACUGCAGUCCCCACAAUGUGACGCUGGGUUACUACGUGACCAGCGGGAAAACCGUCUACAUCUCCUCCAUGGUGGUCGAGGCUCUGAGUAUUUACGGGUUUGAUAAGCUGCUGUCGGACAUCAGGCAGCACACCCCCUCGGUAAAGGCAGUUCUGGUUCCGGUGGCGACCUGGCUGCCCCCUGCGAACAUUCACCUGCAGAUAAAAACAGUGCUGAGGUUCGUCGGCCCCACAGAUAACAUCUUCUCCUGCAACUUUGUGGAGAUUUUGGAGCAGAGACUGGAAAGUGCUUUUGAAGAGGCUCAAGACAAAGUGCUGGAGACCUACAGCAGGCUCACUGUGGAGAUUCAGAGUGUGUUCCAGGAGCCUGGCUCUCCAUCGGUCUCUCUGGUGUAUGUGGUUAAAAACGAGGAUCAGAUUCUUAACGGGACGAUUUCCAGUGGCCUCCUCAACCAGCUGACGGCCGAGCUGGUGGGAUACUUCCUGUUCUACCCACCCCUGGUCAUCGCUGAACCGCUUGAAUACCAUAAUCUCAACACAUCCAUGGCUACCAAGAACUACUGGGUGAAAACAGUCAUCCAGGACGUGGACAGCUCCUCCCUGGAGGCCAACUACCACAGCUUUGCCAGCUUGAUGGAGCAGCGUCUGGCCGAGCUCUUCCUGGUGGCCAGCAGGCACGCCUCUCAGACGGCACGAGCUCGACGAGCCACAUCUUUGGGGGGUUACACCGUGCAGAUGGUGAGCAUUCGCAGGAUCCCCGGUCCCAAGAACACAGCUGAGAUGACGUACUACACCCAGUAUCAUGGAUCCCCCAUCAUUGGAACAGCUGCUGCUAAGACCCUGAGCGGUCUGGACCCUCAGACUAUGGCCCUGACGUUGGGAUACUUCGUACAGAUACAGGCUGAACCUGUGGUGAAGGUACCUCCGAGCAACUUGUGGAUCAUGGCUGUUCUGACGCCUCUCUUCCUGCUUUUGGUGGUGAUCGGCAUGGUGGCCUUCAUUUUAUGCAAGAGGAACAGAGUAAUCUUCAAAGCCGGCGCCUUCAGGACCUUCAAAACCCGCUCCAAGCCGGUCCAGGGCUUUGACUACGCCAAGAAGCACAUGUGCCGCACGGGGGAUGAGACCAUCGCUGGUACCAAGGACACUCUGGUGCUCGGGAUGCCGGUACGAGAUGCUCCCCUGUCCCUUUCCUUGGAUAACAAGGUCCACCAAGAUGGGACCGGCAGCAAGAGGCCCCCAUCUGCUGACAUACACAAAGGAGGGAGGUUGCCAAGUGAUGAGGAUGGAUCAAUGUCCAGCAAGGGCUCUGGAAAGCUGAACACCAGUAAGAGCUCCUCUGCCCAGAGACCAGCGACCAGCAACAGCAGCAAGAACGGCAAGGAGGAGCUGCACAAGAGGAGCACCAACGACCCAUAUGAAGACCAUUCAGGCUCUCUGCGUCUCAUCACAAUCAAACCCAUGACAGCUCAGCCAAAUUACUCCUACCCCUCCUCCUCAUCCCACAGCCAAGACUCUGUUGCUGUCAAUGGAGAGAAGAACCAUGGUGGGCUGAAGCAGAAGUCAGACAUCGAGAACUACAGGAACAAACUCCGUCAAAAGGCCCGGAGGAAAGGAUACGGGGAGUUCUCUCUGUCCGAGAGCGGCCAUGGUUACGGUCAUCGAGACAGCCGGCUCAGUCGACAUGAUAACAGUGUGAAGGAGCCGAUGACCGCUGAAGAGAAGAGGGCCUCCUUCGCAGGAUGCCACAAGAGGUACUCCCAACCCCGAGAGCCCACCUACUGGAGUCGUCAGUCUCUGAGCAGCCCAAGCCCAAUCGAGACGGAGCUUGACCUGCUUGUGUUGAGAGAAAGAUCGAGGAGGGGCAUCCGCAACAACGGCUAUGACGGUGAACCUGAGCAGUUUGAGGAGACUAACGUGGACCGUCUGAUGAGCUCCCUGGGCUACAGAGGUGGAUCUACUGGCACAGGGACCGGGAGCUUGGGGGUGAAAGCUCACCGCGGCUCCGACUCCUCCACACUCAGCUCUCAACCCUCCAUUGAUGAAGUCCGCACACAGAUGCACAUGUUGCUAGGCAAUGCCUUCAGCCUAGCACCACAGGACCACGACCCCCCUUCUCCGCACACCAACAGCCACCACCAUCACCACCAUCACGCCCACAGAGCCUACAACCCGUCCCACACCAGCCACUACAGUGAUGGGGUGACCAGCGCCCCAGGGACCAUGAACCAUCCCUGUGGGGGGGGAAGGCAGAGGAGCGCAGGCUAUGAGGAUAUUCACCAGUGUAGCCUUCCCAAACCAGGUUUCAGGUUCACGCAGCUUCCUGAUAUGGGCAUUGGGUCUCCACCACCCCUGAUCCCCUCAAGGCCAGGACCACCACCUGGAACCUCACUAAGACGAUCCACCCCUGAUGUUAGUCUGAAGCCUUGUGUGUCAGAGGCCCCAGACCUGCAGGCCCAGCAGCUCAACGGGGCCCCGUAUCUGCCACUGUCCAGGACCCCAUUCCCAGCUGUCACUGUGGACCAGUCCAUCAGCACCUACUCAGGCAACCCAAUAACGGCAGUCUAUGCUAUAUCAGCCAAUCGCGCGGGUUACUCGGACUACUUUGUCAUGUCCCCGCCAUCCUCGUACCGUAGCCCAUCCUGGAUGUCCUACCCACCUGAGCCAGAAGACCUGCCACGGCAGUGGAGUGAUACGCCAAACUCACGUCAUCUGGAAACCAUCUGUUAGACUCGUCUGCUCCACACUGAGAGGAAACAUUGAUGCCCCUUUUGAUGAGCAGAGAACCUUCACCAAAACUCCCUGGGACUUGUCAUCGCUCCCUUACUUCGGCUGGGCCUGUCCUUUUCAUUUGUUAUCGUGUUGACUCCUGUCGGCCCCACUUUAUCCCCAGCUCUCUCCUUCCUUCCACUCCUCUGAGCUUUGUUUGUUCCCUCUCUGCGGCUUCAGUCACAGCCCAAAGGCUCUUUCCUCCUCCCGUGCUCCCGUGCUCCUUCACCUUCCUAAACCUCCUCCUCACCCGUGUGAGAGUGUGUCCAUAAUUCUCUCAGUUUUUGUAUCCUUUCUGCUCCCUGAGCCCCUGGCCUCGCUGCCACUCACUCAUCAUCAUCAUCAUGUCCACGUAGGCAGCCUCAUCCGAGGUGACCACCGACAUUACACAGCAAGAGGCUCCUCACACUGUGAAAGAAGCAGUGCUCAGCCGAGCUGCAUGCAGUGUGCUGUGCCUCCCUCAGUAGUAACACGGUAUGCAGUGUAGAUGAACGGGGGGAGCACAGUGCAGUGUCACGUGCAGCGGGACAAGAUUGAUCUGUUCAACUCAGCAAUCAUUAAACAGUAACAGCCAUCUGCACAGCACCUAGUGGCACACAGCGCUGUGCUCUUUGUACAGCCGUGCCCCAGCAGUGGUUCCACUCGUCCUCUGAACUGGACCCUCCUGGACUUUCCCCUAAGGUCCACCAUAAAGCCAGGACUGCUGGAAUGACUUAAAACUGUGCUUUUUUGAUGAAUCCCAAUUCCAAUGUAAACCUUCUACAGCCGGUCGAUAUGUAUUUUAAACUUCAGUCAGAAAAAAACAUGAAAAAGAAAAAAAAAAUGUCUUGAGCUGUCUCAAUUUAAUUUUUUGGAUAUUUGUGGGAUUUCGUCUUUUACUUUUGUGGAUUAAUAAUGGUUUCUUGUACAAAAAAAGAUUCAGUGAGUGUUUACCUUCACUUACUUAUUUCAAGGCAAAAAAUAUAUAUAUAUAUACUUUUCUGGAAACAGAGAACUCGGCGGCUUAGUUUUGUGUGGUUAUGAUAGCAUUUCUGUUCUUUUUAAAAGAAUAACUUCAGUAUUCUUUCUUCUUUAGCAAUGAAAACAACAAAUAGUCACUAUGUUCUGUCCAUCGACUUAUAUGAAGUUUUUCUUUUCUGAUAAUCAUUAGGCAGACCUGGGUCAAAUACAUCGAUUGAAAUCUUUCUUACGUAGAGUUUUGUGUGCCAGGUUCUUGAACCUGACACACGUUAGAUAAAAAAUGGUGACUCGGAUUUGAACUGAUUUCAAUUCUGGUUUGACUGAAGUCUGGAACAAGUCUGUGAACACUUGUGUAUUCUUGAAAAAAACAUUCUUUUACUUGAAA